GCUCAGUCGCUGACAGAAAUUCGUGUUAAAAGGUUGUUAUCAGAAAAACCGUUUUGAGCAACAACAAGCGCUUCGCUGUAGUUGUGCGCGCAACACAUACAGUCGCAAUCAAAGCAAUUGAAAGUGGUUGAAUGGUUGUGUGAGAGUACCCAACAGCUGCGUCGACCAAGCAAACGGAGCCCGCACUUCAUUCACAUCUCGACACUCGGUGUGUUCAGAUCGGUACUCAUUCCGGUACAAAGGCAGGCGCUCUUGACAAAGUGUUCUGGAUCUAAAAGGGAAGUGAAUACUAUUGGGGGUUUUGCUAUUUUUGCAAGAAGGACAUUAACUGGUCAAAGUAUGGUUUAUCGCAUGUUUACGGCGGUCCACCGUCCUCUCUGUUGCCGAUAUGAUCGUACAGGUGCCACUGUGACAAAUCCCUGUGACUCUGUGUCCAACCCAAGGCUCACCGUUCAAUGUGAAGAUAUCACGCACUCUUGGAAUUCUCUGCCACCAAGUGAGGUGCCCGUUUGGUAGUUCAGUUUCAUUCAGUGUCAUUUCCGUUCGACUACCCUCGUUUGUAUCGUAGGAAGGUCUCCACUUCUUUUUUUUGUGUUCGUUCUUUCUUCAAUUCGGCAAGGACCAAAGUGUUUAAAAGUGUAUUCCUUUUUGAAAUUCACCACAUCAGGUGUGUUGUGUAAAUCCAAUUGAAAGGUGUUUUAAAAAAAUAAAGGUUUCUUUAUACUACAACCAUCUAAAAGAAGCAAAAUAAAAAUAAUAAUUUAUAGACUCUGAUAGAACUGUAAGGCAAAUAGCCAAAAAAAGUGUGUUUAAUAAAAUAAAAAUUUUAAAAAGGACUGUUUGAGAAUUUUUAUUACACUCUAAUCUUUCCAGAGAAGAGUGUUGAUAUUUUGGACUAACAAAGAGUAAAUCAGUAGAAGUUGUUGUGUUUGUAGCAAAGAGUGCUAGCAAGCAAGGAAGAGAAAAGAAAGGAAGCUCAAGUGUGUUGAAGGAUAAAAGUUUGGUGUUAUUCUGUGUAAUAGUGGUGUAAGAUGUCCACAGGAAAACGUCUAGCAAAGCGUUCCAUAAUCGGUACCCGUGUCUGUGCACCCGGCACUGACGGACUUUUCUAUUCCGGUGUCAUACACUCGGUACGUACUCCUGCUAGUGCACAGGAGAAUAAUAACUGCAUCAACUUAACGCCCAAUACCAAGUACUCUGUGCGUUUCGAUCAGAAGCAGGAUCUCGGUCGUCGCGGGUUAAAUCGCGAAUUUCGGGAUACUGAUUUGAUCGGACCGGGCUUUCAAUCUGUUAUGAACGUUCUCUUGCGCCCAGGACAGAAGGUCUUUCUUACCUUUAACGGACGCGAGUGUGCUGGCGAGGUGAUCACUCACGAUAACAUCAAGGACGAGGUGAACGUGAGGAUUCAACCACUCGGACAAGAGGCCCAUCUUGAGUUGAAGAAACGUUUGGAGGAAGUUCGCCUCCUGGAAUCAAGGAGAUCAGCUCGUUUGGCAGAUCAGGAUCGUGACACGGACUUUGCUAGGCUAGCCGAUAUGGCGGGUGAUCGUCGCAGGGCCUCCCACAGCAUUGAUGUUCCACUUGGAUUUGCUCAGCAAAACAAUGGCUCACGCAAACGUCGCACUUCCUACUCACAAGACGACAUUUACAACGAUGAUGAUCCCAUGGACGAGUGCAAUGCUGCCCUCGUCCUCAUGAGUCUCUCCUGUUCGCCACAUUCACCACGUACAGUUGUCUCCCAAUGGAACUCUGUAUUCGGCUCAAGCCCAGGAAGCACAAGCGGUGCAUCCUGGUCAUCAUCUGGCACAUCAUCGCCCCCACUUAGUGACGAGGGGGCCCCAAGUAGUACAAAUGGCCGCAUUCGCACUACAUCCCUCUCCACAUCCGACGAAGGCAUCGUCAUGGAUUACAACGAAGAGAUGCCGCGCAAGAAGAGGGCAAAUGGACCGCUCUUCAAGUGCGUUUGGAAGGGUUGCAACGUCAUCCACUCAACAGUGUCCCAGAUUGAAGCACACAUUCGCAAUGCACAUUUAGGGCCAAAGAAGCCACGUCAAUCACUCGAUGAUGAUGGCACCUUCAGCGACAGCGACCACGAGGAGGAGUUUUACUACACUGAGCUGGAGGAUGAGGAAGAUUCUGCUGGCCCCAGCCCACCAUCACCGCCCACGCUAAGUCACAGGGAUAUGGCGAGGCCACCACAUGAGGACCCUGAGUAUCAGCGUCAGCUUGUGGGAAGUUUCAGGCAAAGCUUCCUGUCGCUACAGCAGACUCCAGUAAAGCCACCGCUUCCCAUCGGCCAUGCCGGACCCAUCAGUAUUCCCAAUGCGAUUCUACCGCAGCACAACUACUCGUGGUCUCACCAGCAGAGUCCGGUGAGUCGGUCACUCCCUAAGGUGGCAUCACCACAGAAGCACGUCCGACUGUCACCGCGUCCGUCCACGUCAUACGCCCCCUAUCCCUCCCCCACAUACACAAACGCCAUCACGGCGGUGCAGCACAAUGUGAACAUUUACAUGUCGCCCGUGAAUCAGGGUGCUGUGGUGGCUCACAGUGCUCCCGCCAUUGGUAGCCACCGGUCGCCGCUGUCGCCGAAUCGGCGUACACGUGGUGAGAACAAGAAGUGCAGGAAGGUGUAUGGGAUGGAGCACAAGGAUCAGUGGUGCACCCAGUGCAAGUGGAAGAAGGCGUGCAGUAGAUUUGGGGACUGAAAAAAGGCCAAGAAAUAAUUUGCCCAGAUAAGUCCCAUCGAAUCGCGCAGCAGCGGGCAAAUUAUUUGUGUUUUCUCAAAGAAACAAACAAAACAAAGACAUCGCCAUCAUCCCACAUCUUCCACCCUCGGAUCCAUCGAAGCUCAAAAAUGAAGGUAAAGAAAAAAAAAACUUAACGCUGGUCGUUUAAAAGAGAUGGAAGGACAAUACGGAGAAAAUAUUUCCAUAUGCCACAAAACUUGUGCCAGUUCGGGCAGAUUUAGGAGGAGGCGCAGAGUGUUGUAAAAUGUUGAGGAUAAUUUAAAAAAUAUACAUAUAUAUUAUUAUAUAACAUACAAAUAAAAUGCAAAGAGAAAAAGGAUCACAUUUUAGCUGUAGCCGUUUCAAUUUAAAAGAAAAAGAAAAUUUCUCUAAUAGAAUGCAAAUUUUUAGGAUGCUUUUAGGGUUAUCAAAUUUUGAUUUUGGCAUCAGUGGUUUUUAAGGAAAAUAAUAAAUUUAAAGAAAAAUGAAAGGUACAAGUAGAAAAGCGAUGUCUGUGGAAAGCUUCGUUAGAAAAUCUUCUCUUGCGAAAUGUAUUUGUGUAAGACGUAUCAUUGUGUAAUUUGGUGUAGAUGUGAGAUCUCCCUGAAAAAAAGGUUCCCCAAAAAAAUCAGUAAAAAAUCCUUUUAGUGUGAGAUUAAGAGUAAGAAAAAAAAAUGUGAAAAUAUCUCAAAGAAAAAUUGAAAAAAUAAAACUCAUAGGCCGUGAUAUCAUGUUAGAAAAGCUAAGAGCAUAAAAAAAGCUUCAAAUUGAUUUUUAUAUAAAAUUCUUCUUUUUUUUUAAACCACUUUUUGCGAUAAAAUUGCAUGCUUUGCACACAUUUUUUCCUUCAAUGUUUGUGCAUUAAUCAAAAAAGAAAGGAGAUUUUCAAAAAUUAAAGUGGUAUAGGAUGUGAAAAUGAUAAGAAUCGUGGACAAAAAGAAAUAUCUUACAAAAUAGAUUUAUCGCAAAAACCUUACAUAAAAUAAAUAGGGUAACCCUAAAGAGAAAAUUACAAAUGAAAAAAAAAAUAUCUAGACAAACCAAAAAACAAAGUAAUGUGAAGAAAAUAUUUAAGCAUGGAGACAGAAAUAUAUUUUUUUAGGAUGAACAACAUUAUUUUUUGCAUAAAAAAACAAACAUAAAUUUUAAAAAAUAUAUAAAGAGAGAAGAUAUAUAUUUUUAUUUUCGAGACAUUCAAAAUUUUAUAGAGGCAAAUUGCAAAAAAAUCAACAACACUGAUCAAGUGCAAAAAAAUGAAAUAAAUUUUUAAUUUUGGACAUCAAAACCUAUUCCGGAAUGUAAAAUAAAGUUUCGGAAAUAAAAAUAUCUCACAGACCAAGAUCACAAAAAAAUCACGAUGUGUGGCAUAGGCAAGGCAAUCAGUUGCAGUGUUUGAGAUCAUGAGAAAAUAUGAGAGAGAAAAACAAAAAGUAUUUUGGAGAAAAGGGGAAAAAUUUUCUUAAGAAAAAAAUUCGAAUUAAGCGCAGAGUCAAAAAAUCCGGCAGUGUUGAGAACAUCUCUGAAAAUAUAUAAAUGGUUUCAGUGAAUGGAAAACCGAAUUGGCAAAAAUAUUUUUCAUCGUUCUAUCUCUUUGAAACAAAAGUAUUGAAGAAAAAAACUAAAGAUGAUGAACUUCGAGAUUGUUUAAAAGAAAAAAUAAAUAAAUAAAAGAAGUUAAUCUGAAAAGAACGAAGAUUCUAGAAACAAUAAAAAUCAAUAAGGCUGAUUUAGUUGUUACGUGUUUUACCAUAUCAAUUUAAUAAUGAAAAAAAAAAAGAUUUAAAAAACCUUAGUAAAAAUCUUGCGAAAUAUGGGACAUUUUACAAAAGAAUAAAAUUUUGUCUUGUCGAAUUUAUUAAGUUUUUUCUGAGAUUUUAAAAUUAAAGAAAGACUUUUAUGUAUUUUCUUCUCGCAAAAAAACUUAUUUUCUGUUUAUUAUCUGUUUAACAUUUAUAAAGAAAAUAAGGCAAAAAAAUUACAUCCAUAAAGAAAGUUUCUUAUUUAAAAAAUAUCAUUAAACUUUCUUUUUUUUUUAAAUAAAAAUUAUCUCUUUCCUCACAAAUGAUUUAUUUUCAUUUUUCAAAGUAAUACAAAAAAGUCUUUUUUAUCUUAUUAAAAUUCUCAGAAAAAUCCGUUCUCAUUAGUAAAAUCUUAAAAAAAAAAGUAUUCCCACAAAAUAUUUAAAAUCAAAAUUUAAUAUUUUUCGAUACCACCUUAAAAAAACGAUUCCAGUCUUAAAGAAAAAAAAAACAAAGUUAAUAAGAAAAAAAUACUUUAAAGAAUCGUCAAUUUUGUUGUCAAUGUAUUUGUUUGAUAUUUUAUUAUUUAAUAUUUUUUUAUUGUAACGUCAAAUAAUUUGUUUUUUAAUUAAAUGUUAUUACAAGAGAACACUGCCAAGACUUAAAAUCAAUCUGGUGCGUACUUUAAAAAAAAAUGAAGAAAAAUUAGUAAUAGAAAAAUGAGAAAAUAAAAAUUAUUAUUAAAAAAAAACGCGAUUCGAAUUUAUAAAAUCAAAAAAUUAAUGUUUUGAAAAAAAAACCGCGCAAAAAUGACGUAAAUUGAGAUUUAACAAAAUAUAAAACGACGAUCGUGAAACAACGUUUUGGCCCCUACAUCAUUUUCUCGUAAGACAAAAACCAAAUGAAAAAAAAUCUAAAGGAAAAUCUUACAGAAUCCAACACACGACACAAAGAUUAAAAAAUAAAUGAUCUUUCACUGAUUGAGGAUCAAACGAGGAUCACGCGUAGAUCCACCUCAAUCGGUGGCUUUCUUAACUACAAGAACUGAUUGACUGAUGUUGUCUUUGCUGAUUUGAAACGUGAUUACGUUUCCAUGACAACAAAUUAAUGAAAAAAACAAGAAAUAAAUAUAAAAGACUUAUAUUUUUGCCUAUUAUUGUACAAAAGAAAAAAAAUUAAGAGAAAAUAACGUGAGAAAAAAAAUGAGAAAAAAACCUACAAGAAAAUAAACUACAAAAAAACUAUCAUCGUUCUACGAUGGGAAAUUGAAAAAAAAUAGAGACGUAAUUUUUAAUGUGAGACACUCUGCAAAUAUCUGAUGGAGAAAAAAUAUAUAUUAACUAUAAAAAAAACUAUUAACUUAUUCAUAAGAAAUGAAGAGAUGAAAAUAUAAAAUAUUAUAUACAAAAUAUAAAAUAUAAAUUAUACAUUUUACUAAUAGAUUUAAGGCAUGAAACUGAAAGAGAAAAAUACAAUAUAGAGGAUAAUUAUUAAGAAGAACAAAAAAAAAACAUAUUGAUAGUAACUUUAAGAAACUCAAUGGAUCUCUAUCGUUAAAUACUUUCAAUGUUUUCCACUUUUUUUCCGAAGAUCGAGAAAAGAAAAAAAAUAUUUAUAUUAAAAUAUUAAAAUAAUUGAAUUGAUAAUAAUGUGGACGCGUUACCAGAGGAGGAUAUUACAUUGUAAAAAAAAUGAAUUCUAUUAUAUUUUUUAAAAAUGGUUGUAAAUGUGACAUUUUUUGUGUGUGGAUUGACAUCCACGAUCACCCCUCAAGCAGUUUUAUUGCGCUUUGUUACUAUUCCAGGUAGCCUUACGUGGACUUUUUGUUCUUUUUUGGAAUUAAUUUCAUAGUGCGAUCAGUAUUCGGAACGAUGAUCGCGUCUGGAAUUCACUCCGAAAGGAUAAAAAUCGUACGCUAUCAGCUUGCAUGACGAUCAAACGAUCCGCAAUCGUCCUGCAAAUUGAUAGUUCCAUCGAUCAGUGGACACUUGCUAUGUAUUGAUCUUCAAGUGUGGCGAUAUGAACCUUUUUUUUGAGUUGAUCUUUGGAAUUUUUUUUAAAAGUGAUCUUUUCAAUUUUUCAGAUAAAUCGCGAUCACUUUUUUCAGUGAUCUUUGCAAAGAAAUUGAAGCUUUCAAGGAAAACUUUGCAAGAAAAAUAUGUUGCAAAGAUCACAAAAAAUUUCCAAAGAUCACUUUAAAAGAGAAAAAUUCUUUAAUUUCCCAGCAAUUUUUCAAAAUUUUAUUCCCGUUAAUUUGCUAGAAAUAAUUCGUCUAAAUGCUUUUUUCAAUUCAGAGCUUAAAAUGAUCUAAUGCAUGAUCUUUAAACUCUUCUAUCGUGAUCAAGUAUGAAAGCAAUCAUUUUAAUCAAUGCGUGCAAUUUAUGUGCAAAACUCUACUUGCAUUUUCGAGUGAAACACAAAAGUCCCUAAACAGUCCAAGAUUUAUUUAAACAAUUACAAAAAGACCAUAAACUUGAACUAAAAAAACUCGGACGUGAAGUCACGCAAAUUGCAAAUGAAAAAGAAAAAUUAAUUGCAUUUCAAAAGCUGAUAAAAGAUUUUCACAGAUCAAUUACUCUCUACUCCCCCCCUCAUACAUGAAUAUAUAUUGAUGCGAAUGGAAGAACAUCAUUGAGAAAUUAAUAAUAAAAAAAAAAUUGUAAUAUUUAAUGGAUGGAAGAAUGCUUGAAAAAAAAAAUGAAGAAGAAAUGAUUGAAGAUAGCAAGAAGAAAAUAACAAGAUGAAAAGCACUUAAAAGUACAUGAACAAUCUAUUUAGAUGCAAUAUAAAUUAUUCAUAUUAAUACACUUAUUAUUAAAUAGUAAUUAUUACUUAAAACAUGAAAAAUACAAUGAGAGAAAUUAAUAAUAAAAAAAAAUGAAGAACCUCUGUACUGGAUAAACCAUUUCAAAAGAAGAAGACGAAGAAAAAUGUAAAACGUCUCUAAUUGUUAAGGAGCAACAAACACACACAAAAAAAAUGAGAAGAAAUACAAAAAAAAAGAAGAUGAAAUUGAGUAAUGGAAGUUUAUUGAAUAGAUGAGUGUCGUUGAAGAAAAAAAUAUCUAUUAAAUAUUAAUUAAUAACUUGAUAAGGAAUAACUAAGGAAAUACACGAAAUUUAUCAAUAAAUAUUUUGGAGGUGAAGAAGGAGAAAAAAAAGUGAGACAGUGUAUGAAUUUUAUGGCUAUAACACUAUUAAAUUUAUCUUCUACAUAAGGUUUAAAUUUUACAAAAAAAAACAUCAAGUUACAAAUUAAUUUUAAGUGAUAAAAACUGAGGUAAAGGAAACCAUUAAGGAUUUGUUAAUGACACGUAUGAGGAGAUUUUGUGACAAAACUUUUUAUUUUUUGGCAUUUUAUUUCUUCUCAUUAAUUUUAUUACACUCUGAGAAAUUAAAAAAAUACGUGUUGGUAUUCUUUAUUUUCUCCCGAAAUGUAUUUUUCGUAUUUUUAAUUUAACAAAAAAAAUAAUCACUCGUCAUUGCAAUUUUCCUGUAAUAUUUUAAUUUUCAUUUGCAAUAUUUAUUUAUUUUAUUCUUUUCCAAAUAAGUUUAAUUUUUCUCGCCCACACAGCUUGGAUGUCGCAAUAGAAAGUGCAUUGAGAGGGUUUAACACCUGCAAGGAAAGGUGUUUGAUAAAUUUUUGAAAUUACAAAAGAAAACUUUAUCAAAUUAACCUUUUCUUCUGUGUUGAGUUGUUUCUUUUGCAAAUAAAGUUUUAAUGAAAAAUAUUCUAUUUAACAAAAAAACUAUGGAGGAAAUAUUGUUGCAAAUAUUUUAUACGUUGUAUUACGAAGUUUUUUAUUUUACAAAGUUUCAAAAAAAAAAUGUAAAGAAAAAUAUUAAAAAUGAUUGCUAUUUUAUAAAAAAAAUUGAUUUUUUAUUUCUUUUUUGAAACUUGCAAUCUUGUUUCGAUGUUCCUCACUCCUUGAUAAAAAAGAAUAUUAAGGUAAAUCUUCCGAUAAGCCAUUUUUGUACCUUAGAAAAGAGAAAAAAAAAUACAAAAUCAACCAUUUUUUAAACUUUUAUGAAAAUAUUUUUCAAGUUUUAGCGGUAAGUGUUUUUUUAAUUUUUGAUUUUUUUCUAAUGCCUUAAAAUUUAUUAAUAUAAACAAAAUGUUCACUUUCUGUUGUCGCUGUGAGAAAAUGGGAUUAACUUGGUGGUUAAUUCGAAUUUCUCCGAGUGUAAAUACAUCGCUUUGAAGCGUGCGAUUUUUUUUGAGUAUUAAGAAUGUAAUCUACUUGGAAACUCCUCAUUUUUUUUUACCUAUUUUUGUUAUUAUUUAUUUUUAAUAAUUAUUCAUUUUUUGAUUGUAUAAUAAAUUGCUUUUCAUUUCAGUGAUACACUCAUUGCCUGUAACUUUUGUACAUAAAUUGUUCCUUUGAGUGUUUUCGCAUAAAAAAACUCGAGGCAAUAAAAGUUUUUUGAUGUUUUCUAAUUUUCAACAAAAAAGAAACGUUGAUGUUUUUUAAUGUUUCAUCUCUCGGUAGAGUCUCUCAAGCUCAUUAAAAAAAUUGAAAAAAAUAUUUUAGAAACAUCAAGUAUUAUUUUUUUUAAUUUAGUUGUUACACCUAAGAGAAAGAAAUUAGAUGACAUUUGCUGUCAAAUGAUUUUUUCUUUCUUAGGCGCUGCAGCUCUUCCCUGUAUUUUCUAUAAAUCUAUUAAAGUUCUUUUAUUUAUAACAAAAAAAAUCAUUAAAAUAUUUUUAAUCAAAUGCACCAAGAUGGCAUAAUAUCAGUGGCAUAAAUCGUAUCCAAUUUAUUUGUUUUUUUUUAUUAAGAGAUUCCUAAAAUGCUUAUUUUUGUAAAAUAUGUUUGUAAAUUAUUUUUUAAAAAUAGUAAAACUCACUUCAAGACAAAAGUUAAGAAAAUAGAAAUAAAAUAGUAAAAGAAAAAACAAAAUGUACAUAUUACAGAAAAACGAUGGUAUAUAAUUGUGAUUGCUAUAGACAAAACACUCAGUUCCAUGAAGUAAACUCUCAAAAAAGAAAUGACAAAAAAAUAACAAAGAUUUUCUUGAAAGAGUUUAUGGAAUGACUGAAGUGCAUACAAAGUAAAAAAAAAUAAAACUUUUAAUAUAGAAAAAAAUGUUAAUAUGGAAACAAAAGAAAAAAUAGUUAAAGGCAAUAUUUUUGGGCAACAGGACUCUCUUUCUAUAUAUACACAGAAAAAAAUGGAAAGUUGUUGAGAACUUUUUGGAUGGAUGGUGGACAAUGGCUCAGAGUUUCCCGCCAAAAAGCACAAAAAACACUUUUGAACUGAUUGAAUAAAAAAAAUCAUGGUAUUCAAACUUUUCUAACCAAAAACUCUCCUCCUCUUUUUCUACUAAACAUUCUAUCGCAUCUAAGGCCUCCCUCCCCCCUCCCCCCAAAAUGGGAGCUUUUACCUCAACUGGAAAGCUUCCUGUACAACUUCAAACUAUAUGUAUACUCUUUAUAUACCUACCUAUAUAUUGGAAAACAAAAUGAAGAAGAAAAAAUCAACAAAACACAAUCACUAAAGUGUUAAAAAAAAGUUGUCUCGAGAUAUUCCAAGAAAUAGAACUAUAUAGUAAAGUAAAUAGUAAAAGAAAUAUUAAUAGAAAAAUUAAUCAACAAGCAAAAAUAAUUAUAUAGUUACAACACAAAGAAAUAGCAGAAUUUUCCCAAAUAGUAGAUAAAAAAAGGAAGAUGAUGAAAAUACAGAAAAAACCAUAUUUAAUAGUUUGUUGCCGAUAGAUGUUAAGAAGAAGACGAAGAAUAAAAAAAACCAGAUGAUCCUCCUUCACAGAAUCACUAAAAACUAAGAAGAAAAAAAACAAACAAACUGCAAGAUAUCAAGACACAACACAUUGAAACCAUUUCAAUUUCCAAAUAUUUUUUUUUUAUUUAAUUUACCUUUUAUCAAAUAAUAUUUUCAAUGUAUAAUUUUUUUAAAAAUAAAUAUAAAGUUCUUUUUCUCAUAAUAUUUAGGUAUGAAACACUACGAAAAAAAAACAUUUACAAAGUCACAUUAUUUUCAUCACAAAAUAAAAUUUCUCAUUAAAAAAAAAUAAUUGUUACAUUAUUUUAAAAAUGAACCCAAAACCAUAAAAAAUAAUUAAAUUUUAAAGACAAGAAUUUUGAUAUUUGAGACACAACCAACAAAAUAGAGAUGAUUAGAAAUUAUAUUUAUAGUGUUUUUAUUGAAGAAAAAAAAGAGAGACAAGAAGUAUAAAAAAAGAAAAUUAACGAUAUUUUAUUGAUUAUACAGAAAAUAUAAAAAAAAUUAAGAAAAAAUCUAUAUCAUACAUCUUUCUCGUUCAUAUUUACAAGAAAAAAAUGAAAGCAUUACAUUAUAAAAGAAAAGAAAAGAUAAAAUAUAUCGGGUAAGAAAAGUACAUUGUAAGUUUUAGAGAAAGUGGAAAAUACACAAAAACUAAUAUUUAUUUAUAAGGUGAAGAAAAAAGUAAAAGAAAAAAUCGAUAUUACUGCAAGAAAUCAAUAUGUAUAAUUUCUGAAAAAAUAAAAAAAAGAAAAACUAUAUAUUUCAAAUGAAAAGAAAAAAUAAAAGAAGAAAAUAUAUAUUGAGAAAAAAAAGCUACAAGAUGUAUGGAAAUAAAGUAUAUUAAAUAUAUAUAAAUAUAUAUACAAUAAAGUCCAAUUCGAAGAAUAA